AUGAAGGACAAUUAUUUUUUUAGUAUUAUUCAGAUUGAUUUAAAAACUAAAACAAAUCAGAUUUCUUUUUAAGAAUAAUAAAUAAAUAAGAAUAAAUAACUUUAAAUAAAAAGAACAAAUAAAAAGAAAAACAACAAAAUGGAUAAAACUGCUGAGGGAGCUUUAGGAUCAAAAAAAUUGUGCAGCAAGUGCGAUAAAUGUAUGCAAAAGUUUUUAGAUAAAAUAAGAAAGCAUGGCUACGAAGUCCAAUAUGAAAUGCUUUCAAAUAAGGGAUAUGAUGAAAGAAUGAUCCUAAAAGCUCUCAAAAAAAAUAAAGGAGAUGUUUUGUUGGCUGAGGAAUUCCUCCAAAAUGCUCCUCCUAAAAGAGAAAGAAGAGAAAAGCAUCACAAAAGAGAUUCACAAGAGAAACAAAAAAGUGACGAUGAAAAAAACAUGAAAUGCAAAAACAGAAAAGAAAGAAGUCCAUCAAAAAGAAAAGAAAAACUUCAUAAGAUGGUGGAAGAAAUUCCUAAUUUUGAAGAUCUCAACAACUAAUUAAGCAAAUUAGGAUUUGGAGAUGCUAAAGAAAAUUUCAAGGCACUCAAAAAAAAUGAAAGAAAUCCUGAAAAAGCUGCUUCUCAUUUGCAAAAAAAACAAUCUCUUCAAAAACUUUAACUUCGUGAAUCCUUUUCUAAAGGUGAGCUAAAGAAAAUUUUUGUUGACUGCAAUAACUGCUUUUUUAUUGAGCACAGCUUUAUCAAGCAAUCAGUUAAGGGUGAUUUUAAGUAAAUCGAAGAAAAGAUAGCAACUUUAAUGAAACUUUUCUAAGCUAGCUACGAAAACUAAAUCUAAAUCGUUCUUGUUUUCGACAACUCCUCCAUGAUGAAGGACUAAUCCCUUGCUUAACAAUUUGCUGAUGAUAGUUUUAAACUUAUUAGCUCUAAGCCUUAAUUCUAGAAUGCUGAUGAUGCUCUGGUUCAUUUUGCAUCGCUUGAAAUUCCAGAAGUUCAAUCUUCAAUUCUCUUUGUCACUAGCGAUUAAAUGCUUCAAGCUCGCUUAGUUGAAAAAAAUGUUAAGAACAUCAUGUCUUCAAAGAGGUUCUUCAGCUUUAUCAAGGAUAACUUCGUUGGUAGUAAAGCUUAUUCAGCUGUUGUUGAACAGUGA